GCCAGCUCCUGCACUCCAGACCCCAGCCACACUCCUGCUCAGCGCCAUGGCCCCAGCCACACGUCCUCUCCUGAGUGCAGCGCUGCUGUUGCUGCUGUUGCUGGCCACCAGCCACCAGGCUACAGGGACAAUAGUGGCCAGUGAGCUGCGCUGUCAGUGCAUGACAACCAUACCAAGGAUUGCUUGGGAGGAAAUCCAGAGCUUGAAGGUGAAGCUCUCAGGACCCCACUGCGCCCAGACAGAAGUCAUAGCCACUCUCAAGGACGGUAAAGAAGUUUGUCUGGAUCCCGAAGGCCCUAGGCUUCAGAAGAUCAUCCAAAAGAUCCUAAAGAGCCGCAACACGCGGAGAACACUGGGGCCAGGCUGUACUCAGAAAACCCAGGAGAAAGAAGACAGCUGUACACUUAAUAAAGACGUUCGUUUUCUUAUGACAGCGCCAGGUCCAGCUGAGCCAGAAAAGGAUGGAGGACCUGCAUCCUUCAGAGCAAAGAGGAAAGGAACGACCCUGCCCGCAGCCAUCGAGAUGAGGCUUCUCCUGCUUGCUCUGAACAACUCCUGA